AAGGUUGGUACGCAGCUCUCAAGUAAUUGCUCAAGAAAAAAAAUACAUUGGCCCCUAUUAUGAGUUGCAUUCGAUCUUCGCUAUUCGCUGGCUAUCGAAAAUCGAAUGUCAAAUUCGUAUUAUGAGCUAUGCAACCUUUUCGUUUAGCAUCGAAAUGGCUUUCGAACAGAAUUUACCUAUCGACAGCGUAGCGUAGUGAAUGGAAAUUUGUGAAAAUGUCGAAAGUCGUGAGCACUAAACAGCAAUUGGAGAAACUGGUAGCUUUAAUGGAAGAAAAUCCACAAUUUUCAAGAGGGAUUUGCACCAAAGUUCAGGCGGCAACACAAUGGGAGGGAUUUGCUUUGGAGCUAAACUGUUUGGGUCCACCAACUAGACCAGCGGCAAAGUGGAUGAAGGUAUGGGCUGAUAUGAAGUCAAAGACAAAGAAAAAACUGUCCCAAAACAAAGCGGAGUACAGAGCAACAGGCGGAGGUACUAACAGGCUGCAGGGAUUUUCUAAUACUGAAGAGAGUAUUAUUGGCAUACUCGAGUUUAAUGCCUGCAUAAACCCGCCGGGAGCCGAAUUUGGUCUGGAUAUAAGUGGCGAUGUUGAACCACAACUUUCAGCUCCACCAAAUCCCACCCCACAUCCUCAGGCUGAAAACCUAAGGAAAGUGAAGUGGAGUUUCAUUCUGAGGCUUACGAGCCUCCAGCACGCAAAAAGCGGCCAAUUAAAAAAUGCAACAAGACAGAGAGGCUGAGGUUACUGGACUCCGAGACAAAUCCCCAGAAACAGUUCUACGAAGAAAUGGUCUCCACUUUAGGUCAUAGGAAAAUGUGCUGAAGAAAAAGUGGAAUACCAAAAGAAACAGUAUGAACUGGAUAAAAGCGCAACAGAGGUAAUGCUACAGCUGAAAAGGGAAAAAUUGCGGGUUUACAAAGAAGAAGUCUUAAAAAGCCAGCAAGAUCGCAGAACAAAAUUGGAGUUAAAACUUGCAAUUUUAGAGCUAAAAAAAAAAUUAAAUAAUUCUUAACUUUUAUAUUUAGAUCUAAGUUUAAGUGCCUUAAAGAGACUGAAUUAAUAUUUUUUGUUUUUAUAUUGCUAUUUCAAGACUGUAUACACUUCUAAGUAGAAUAGGUAAAUGAAAUAUGUGAUAUUUUUCGGUUUUUAUUAGUAUC